AUGGAUACAGAAAAAAGAAUAAUUUUAGGUAUUGAUAUUGGUACAACAUCUGUUAAAGUUUGUAUUCUUGACAGAAAAGAAAAUACUAUAAUUGGAAGGCAGACAAAAGAUACCCAAGCAAAUGUUCCGAGUGAGCUGGGUUGUGAAGGUAAUAAACAAAAUGUUCCCAAAAUUUUGUCUGCUCUUCAUGCUUGUGUUUCAAGAUUGCCUAGAGAUUCUCUUAGACAGGUUGAAGCCAUUGGUAUUUGUGGCCAAAUGCACGGAGUAAUGCUGUGGAGCUGCUUUGAGGAUUCUUUACCAUGGGAAAAAGCUGAUAUUGAAUCUUCCAGAUUUGAUGUUUUAUCAGAUAAGGUGUCAUCAUUAUAUACAUGGCAAGAUUCACGUUGUGAUCCUGAAUUUCUUUCAUCUCUUCCUAAGCCAGAUUCUCACUUGAAAGCAUGUUCUGGAUAUGGUUGUAGUACACUUUUCUGGAUGUCAAAAAAUAGACCAGAAAAGCUUAAUAAAUUCAACUGUGCUGGUACUGUUCAAGACUUUGCUGUAGCUAUGCUUUGUAAUUUAAUGAAACCAGUAAUGUCUGUGCAAAAUGCUGCUAGCUGGGGCUAUUUUAACUUAUCCACUAAUCAAUGGAACAUGGAGAUUUUAAAAUCUGCUGAUUUUCCAGUUCAUUUGUUACCUGAAGUAAUUGAUUCAGGAAAAAUUGCAGGCUAUCUAGCUGAAACAUGGCAUGGCAUUCCCGCAGGAAUACCAGUAGGUGCAGCAUUAGGAGAUCUGCAAUGUUCUGUCUUGUCUACUUUACGCAAUGAAGAUGAUUCUGUUUUGAAUAUUUCUACUUCUGCUCAAAUGGCAUUUAUUUCUCCUUCAUUUGAUCCUCUUAACUUUGAUGCCAACUCCAAAGUACUAUUUUUACCAUAUUUCAAUGGAAAGCAUUUGGCUGUGGCGGCUGCUCUUAAUGGAGGAAAUGCAUUAGCAACGUUUGUCAGCAUGCUUCAACAGUGGACUGUCGAACUAGGUUCACCUCUUCCUCAAAGCAAGAUAUGGGAACGUGUAAUUGAAGCUGCUAGCAAAUGUGAUUCUUCUGAUUUGAAUGUUGUCCCUACAUUACUAGGAGAAAGACAUGCUCCAGAACAAAAUGCCAUGGUUACUAAUAUAACUAAAGGGAAUAUUUCUUUGGGACAAGUUUUUAAAGCAUCUUGUAAGGGAAUAAUUGAGAAUUUACAUAACAUAAUGCCACGUGAAAUGCUAAUAAGCUGCAAUAUUUCUCGUAUACUUGGUGUGGGAUCUGCUCUAACACGUAAUCCAGUUUUGCAGAAUGAAGUGAAAGAUUGCUAUCAAGUUCCUAUUGUUUUUGAAAAUAAAGGUGAUGCCGCUUGGGGUGCAGCAUACUCAGUGUCAAUAGUUCCUUAA